AGGUACUAGGUAAGGAUCAUAAGCGUGUGACACUGAGUAGGAUGAAUAAAAUACUUAACAAAUUUUCAGGUCCAAUAUUUUUCAAAACUUAUGGUGUGAACUGGAUGAGCCUGAUCAAGUCAUUCCAUCAACUUUUUCUUCUUAAGCUUUCAAUAUUUCAGCUUCCCCACUUCUCAGAAACAUCAUUCAAAAUGCAAAGAUAGACAAGAAAAAAUAAAAUAAAAACUAAGAGGUCCUUUUCAUGCAGAACUUCUUGAAAUAGUCCUGUUCCUUCAACUCCCUUAUGAUACCAACUUGAUGUUCCUUUCAUCAUUCCCUAUCAAACCCCUUUUUUAAACCACUCCCUUUUCAAAAUCUUGUAAAGAUAAACAACUAACAAGAUCCUCUUCAUCCUUAUAUUUUUCAACUCCCUUGUAAAACCAACUUGAUGUUUCUUUCAUCAUCCCCUUUCAACCCCUUUUUUUAAACCAUUCCCUUCUUUAAUCUUGAAAAAGAUAAACAACAAAAAAGGUCCUUUUCAUUUCUUGAAGUAGACCUGUUUUUAAUUUCAACUCCUCUAUAAACCAAACUUGAUGUUCCUUUCAUCAUUCCCUAUCAACCCCUUUUUUCCUAUACCAUUUUAGCUAGUGACUUUUCUUCUCUUUUGCAGUCAUAACUAGUGAUAACUUUAUAUCUCAUUUUCUUACAAACUCAAAGAACAACGAAAAAUGGCUGAAAAUCCAAAAGGUGCUACUUCAGCUAAGUGUUUUUCAGGCAUUUUUCAAAGGCUUCUUUGUGGUGGAAGUCUCCCAACACAUCCUUCUGAUCAAUUUAAGGAACAAAAUACAACAACAUUUGAUCAUACAAGUCAAGAAUUACCUUUCAAGGAUGAGACAAAUAUUAGUAACAAAGUUGCAGCCAAUAGUCCAGGAAUUGUGGCAAGGCUAAUGGGAUUAGACUCAUUACCUGAAGAAGAAAAACCAAAUUUUGGUUCAUUUUCAAGAAGCAGGUCAGUUAAUUCUCUAGAUUACUUGAUGAAGUUUAAUCUAGCUGAAAAUUUUCAUCAUAGAAGAGUCAGAACAUCGGUAUCUUUUCGCGAAAUGCCAAAUUUUGAUCAAGAAUUCAAGUCAGAGUUUUUAGUUUUUUGCUUCAAUGAUGAAAAAGAGAAGCAAGGCUUUAGUACUAUUAGAAAAUCCACUAAGGUGGGAACCCAAGAAAUGAAGCCAAAGAAUAAGGGGCAGAAGAAAGUUGAUUUUGCUAAAUCAUCAACAAAUAUGUCUAGUGCUGGACAGAAGAAAGAAGUUUGUGGAAAACAAAAUAGGAUUGCUAAUAAGGUGAAAAAGCAAGUGAAGUUUGAGGAUCAUCUUAGGAAAAUGUCUGUUGAAUCCAAGGUUGAGAAGAAGAAGAGCAAGAGCAAAUGUGUAGUGUCUACCAAAAUACAGCCUUUGUUUAAUUCAACAGAUUCAAGUCCAAUUCAUCAUCUUCAACAAGCUGCUAACCCUGCAGAUGGAAAUGAAGGGAAACUGCAGCUAAAUUCAAGAAAGUCUCCACCAAGAGUCACUGAUCCUGAACAUGCAAUCACAAGCAAAGUGGAGAAGCAAAAGGAUAUCUGUAAAGAGACAAAUUAUUACAUAAAAGUGCUUGGAGAAAUUUGUAGGUUAACAGAAGAAGAGUUAAAUGAGUCACAUUGGAUAGCUACUACGACUGGAGAAAACUUCAAGAUUGAAGAUUUUGAAGAAUUAUGCGAACAAAUUGGACAAGAAGUUCUUGAACUGUUAUUAGAUCAGAUAGUACAUGAGCUUUUAAUCUUUGGGUAGUGAAAAUUCUCAUGCUUUAAAGACAUGUACUUUAACUUCAUUUCAUACACCUAGUUUUACUUGUAAAACAUGCAAUGUGCCCUGGCAGCAAUGAGUGUUUAAAGGUAUAUAUCUGUUAGAUUCAAGUGUUCAUCAACAGGUCGGACCUCAAGAUAAGAUGAAUGAAAUUUUUGACAAGUUUAAAAGUCAUUGGUAUAAACAAAGAAAAUUACACGAGAUGCCAAAAUAUCAUUCUGAGGGAUAGAGAGCAUCAUCAUCUAAGAUUGUUGGUUCUCAUAAUCUUUCAUUGUCCACAAAUCAAAAGCACGUCCAAAGUAAUGGAUGUAGACACAAAGUAGACCAUCUAGAACAACUAAAUCAAUGUCAUUAU